UCUUGCUCUCUCGUUCUAGUCCACAUCUCUCUCCACAGGGCAGAAGCGGUAGACGCACCUCCCUUGUUCUCUUCUAUUCAGAUCCCUGACACACUGCUCGAUCCGCUUCUCGCUUCCAUGAAUCUACCUCACAGAAUCUUCUUCUUCCAUGAAUCCUCCUCAUCCUCGCAGGGCAUCCUCUCCCAAGGAUUUGGCCCCUGUUAGUUUAUAAAUUGCUAGCCAGGGCUGCACGCUUUUGGUUUUCUUCUCCAGUCAACGGGUUGGGCUGGCGAUGUCUUGUGGCUCCUCAGACCCCUCCGCAUACUGCUCGUCUGCUUCUCCUGAGCUGAAGCUGUACCAGGCUUUUAUCUUUUCGGUGCCGGUGUUCUUCACCUUCGUCCUCCUGCUUUUGUUCUAUCUCUUCUACUUGCAGCGCCGCCGGGCGCAUUGGCUGUCCCUCAGAUUGAGGGACGCUCAGCUCAGUCGAGGAGACACACCGAGACGUCGGGAGUCAGGCAUAAAGAAGGAGCUGAGGGAGAUGCUUCCGGUGGUUGUUUUCAAAGAGAGCUUCUUGAUCAGAGAGACGCAAUGCUCUGUGUGCCUGGGGGACUAUCAGUCAGAUGAUCGCCUUCAGAGAAUACCUCAUUGUGGUCAUACCUUUCAUGUGGAUUGCAUCGAUCAUUGGCUUGCAUUCAACACCACAUGCCCACUCUGUCGAGUCUCACUGCUUCCUACAACCAAAUUCACAUCUAGCAGCUUGGAUCACACGGUCCUACCAACUGAACGUGGGGUCUUCGACCCACAACCUUCAGAGAGGCUGACUUAUACAAGAUUUGUUAGCACCGAAAAUGAGGAAUAUGAUGCACAAAGAUAUCGUGUUGAUGAUCUUGUAGGUGAUUGGAGAGAGGUUGAACAACAUACAAAUGUUCAGCAAGGAUCAGUGGCAAUUGUAAUUGAGGCCCGUAGUGGUGUCUGAGGGAAGUACUAGUGACCAGUCUUCCACGAAAGUUUUUUCAAACAAUGUGGCAUCACAGGAUUUAUGGGCAAGUUCAAUUAUCAUGUUUUCACUAGUAGAGUAUGAUCUGAGAAGUUGUUUGGGCAAAAUUAGAUUGGAGUUUAUGGAGUGAUGUAAUUUAAGAUACCGCAUACAGAAAACAUAUAAUUGUUUAAGCCAUGCUGUCCAGGGGUUUUGUUGUCA